AUUUAUUUACUAAGUACUUGUUCUACUAGAUUACUAGAUCUAUAAGAAUCUGGAACUUUAUUAUAUUAUUAAUAUUUAGAUUCACAAUGGUGAGGGCAUGGUACAUGGACAGCUCUGAUACAGACCAAAGGGAACCCCACAUGCUUGAUCCUCCUGUCUUUCUUAAGUUGGAUGAGCUGUACAAAAAAACCGGAGUUGAAUAUUUUACGUUUAAUGCGGACUCGUGGGAAACAGAUGAAGGUUAUGCCAACCUGAAAAAAAAUCGUGGAUACUCCUAUGAAGAUGUCUGUGAGAUCUCUAAGGAGACCUUGCCUGACUAUGAUAACAGGCUUUUAGCUUUCUUUACCGAGCACAUCCAUUCUGAUGAGGAGAUAAGAUUUGUGGUUAAAGGCAGUGGCUAUUUUGAUGUGCGCGACAUUGAUGACAAAUGGAUUAGAGUGGAGGUUGUGAAAGAUGACCUUAUUAUAGUUCCUGCCGGGAUAUAUCACAGAUUCACUUUGGAUACAUCGAAUUACAUAAAGGUGAAAAGAAUUUUUGUGGGUGAGCCAGUAUGGACCCCACUUAAUCGACCAGGAGCUGAAGGACAUCUUGCAAGAAAACAAUACCUCCAAACAAUGGCUGCUUUAAACUCAUGAAGCGUUUUGGUCUGUCAUACAUACUUUUGGCCAACAUCUGCCGUAAAGUGUUGUUUUCAAUACAUUUAUUAAUGAAAUAAUAUUUUUGGGCUAACUACCAGAUUUUGUUCUAUGCAAUUUGAGUGUGAAAGUAAUAUGCAAAUAUCUGCCUACCUUGUCAUACAUGGCAAUUUUAAUUAGUUAUACUAGGGUCAGUUUUGUAAAGUUUAGCUUACGAGUAAUAUGCAAAAAUGGUCACAUAAAACUCCUUUUUUCUAAAUUACAUUUGAAGCUAAGUUGUUUAAUUUAUCAUUUCAGAUGUUUAGACAAAAAAGAAAAUUAAUUGGUUUAAAAUGUGCUUGCACAUUCUAAAGGGCCUGUUUAUACAUUUAAAGGAAAAUGCAUGUACUUUUUUCUCUAUAGGGAUAUUUUUAACCUUAGAUUGGGUUGUUUUUUGUGCGCUAUAUAUACCUAUAUUUCCAAUCAUUGAAGAAGGGAAUAUUGUCUCACAGGUGUGGAAGAAAUGGAUUUACACUAUGAACUGAUUUCUGCUUUGAUAUUAUUAGUGCAAAAUGUAUUUUUAAAAUUUUUACAAAUUAUUGUGAAAUUAUUGAAUGAUUUUUAAAAUAUUUUUUUUUCUGGAAGUUCACAAUUCCAAAUUGUACUUGUCAUUACAUUCUGAGGUUGUUAAAAAUCUUGUUUGAUUACUAUGGGUAUACUUUGCACAGUGGCCUUGAUAUUGUUUUUGUCAACUUUGUGAAUUAGUAAAUAUGUUAAUAAUACAAAUAUAAUUUGUAUAGCAUUUUUUGCAUACCAUUUGUACAUUUUUUAAAGGCAAUAUGUAAAACUAUACUAUUUAAAAAAACCUCUUAUGGUCAAGAUAGUAAUUACUAACUUAAGUCAUUAUGCAAUAAUUGAACAAUACUUCACUUGCUGAUGGAUCUUAGUUUGAAAGGGUACUUAACUUUUUAAGUUAAAAACUGAAUUUGUUGUAAAUUGGGUUUCCCUCAUAAAAUAAAUUUUAAUUCCAUUUUGUGGCAUUUUUGGUGCUCUACAGUUGAACUGCAUUUUGUUGUAAUCUUAUUUUCAGUAUUAAUACUAAUUAUGUGUGUAAUUAAAAAGACAAGCAAGCUCUUUAUGGUUACAUCCUGUUUCUUGCCGUACAUAGAUACGUUUGCUAGAUGAUCUGUAUAAGAAAUCUGCCUUAUUUAUUCCAGAGAAGGCUUACUGUUCUAUAUAUAAUAUAUGCUUUAAAGUUUUUUUAAGAACAUUUUCUUUAAAAAAAAACUUAUGGCAACAGUUGUUUCAUUACAGAUUUCUUGUUGUAAAGUUUUCAUAAUAUAGUGUUCUAUAACUGGUGACUGAUGAAACACAGUAUUUUGUGGCUAUCACUUUUUAAGUAUAAAAUUUAAUCUCAAAUGUUCUAAUGUUACAAUCACUGUACAAGCAGAACUUUUAACUUCAUUCUUAAUCAGACACAAAGCUUUUAUUUUUUAUAAUCAAAGCAAACUCAGCCUAAGAAUAUUGUUCAUUUUGAAUGUAAUAAUUUGUUUUAUUUUAUUCCUCAGAUAUGGUUGUGGGAAACAUUGUAACUUUUAUGUUAAAAAAAUUAACAAUGGCUCAAUAGUUCUGAAUUUGUUAACUAUUAGGGUGUGAGAAAAGUUUUCUUCUAAUCAUGUACUUGAAAUGGCAUUUUACCUUUUUGUUCUGUGGGCAUUAUAUUUUUUCCUAAUAGUAUGCUAUAUUUAUAUUAACCAGAUACUCAGUAUUACUUAUACAAAUUUUGUUAUAAAAUUCAUUGUUUGUCCAGUAUAAUUUCAUUUAAUCUAAGGUGUAAUUUAAAAAAAAUAAAAAUAUAGGUAGAAUUUGGUAUUUGUGUCUAUUAUUUUAAAAGUUUUAUUUGAGGUUAAAGAUUGCAUUCAAGAAA